UAAGCACAGACAUUUGCAAAUAUUCAGUUGGACCAUAUGAAAUAGCCAUUUUUUCCUGGUCCCAGACAGUCAAAUAUUAGAGAUUUCAUAUGAUUCAACCUUACAUUAGAAGAUCAACAUUGAAAUAUUGUGCAAUUUUCAAAGUUCACAAUCCAGGCUUUAUCAACUUCUUUCAAUUAACCCAACUUUCUUCUUACAGAAAAAUGGGAUGGAAAAACCUAACAGGCAUCUCAGAAUUUUUCCUUCUGGGGUUCUCUGAGAAGCUGGAGCAGCAGAAGGUCCUCUUUGGGCUCUUCCUGUCCCUAUACUUGAUCAGUGUGGCAGGCAACCUCCUCAUUAUUCUAGCCAUCAUCACUGAUGCUCAACUUCACACCCCCAUGUACUUCUUCCUGGCCAAUCUCUCUCUUGCAGAUGCCUGCUUUGUGUCCACUACAGUCCCCAAGAUGCUGGCAAAUAUAUGGAUCCAGAAUCAGGUCAUCUCUUACUCAGGGUGUCUAUUACAGCUAUAUUUUUUCAUGUUGUUUGCGAUGCUGGAGGCGUUCCUCUUGGCUGUCAUGGCCUAUGACCGCUACAUGGCCAUAUGCCACCCACUCCAUUACAUCCUGGUCAUGAGCCCUGGGCUCUGCGUCUUCCUAGUGUCUACAUUGAUCGUGAAUGCCCUCCACUCCCUUCUACACACGCUCCUGAUGAACAGCCUGUCCUUCUGUGCAGACCACAAGAUCCCACACUUCUUCUGUGACAUCAAUCCCCUCCUGAGUCUCGCCUGCACAGAUCCAUUCAUCAAUGAGCUGGUGAUCUUCAUCAUUGGGGGUCUCACAGGCCUGGUUUGCGUGCUUUGUCUGAUUAUCUCUUACACGUACAUUUUCUCAACCAUCCUGAAGAUCCCCUCGGUUCAAGGGAAGCGAAAAGCCUUUUCCACCUGCAGUUCUCAUCUCUCUGUGGUGUCUCUCUUCUUUGGGACGUCAUUUUGUGUUUAUUUCAGCCCCUCCUCUACCCGCUCAGCACAAAAGGGCACAGUUGCAUCAGUGAUGUACACAGUUGUAACCCCAAUGUUGAAUCCCUUUAUCUAUAGUUUGAGGAACCGAGACAUGAAGUCUUCCCUGAAAAAGCUAAUUGGUGUUAAGAAAACUCAUUUCCUUUAG